CGCGUUGCGGGCAAUCUCUUCCACAAGCAGCCCACCGUACCACCGACUUUCUUCCACACUCUUACUCAUCUCAUUACCUCAGCUCGCCAUCCUUUCUUGCCUGUCCCCCCGGCACUCUUACAUGCUCUUCCGCCUCGCAAGAGCUUCCGCACGUCUCACUUCCUUCAACCGUCUCCCGCUUGUCCGUGCUAUCAGCACUACUCCCAUCAUGGCUACCUCUCGCACCUCCGUGAUCCCUCAGGCCGAGCGCAUGUUCGAUGGCGGCACCCACAAGCUCGAUGUAUGGACUAUUUUCACCCCGGCCAACGUUCCUGCUGAUUGCAUCAACCUUGGGCAAGGUUUCAUGAACUGGGCGCCUGCUGAGUGGAUCCGCAAGGCAGCUCAUAAGGCUAUGGACGAGGACAUUAUGGUCAACCACUACGCACACCCCCGUGGCCGCCCCCGCCUUGUCAAGGCCAUCAGCGACGUUUACUCGCCAACUUUCCCCAACCUUGAGGGCCGCAAGCUGAGGACGGAGGAGAUUGUUGUGACUGCCGGUGCCAAUGGAGGCAUGUACGCCGCGCUCACCGCCCACCUGGAGCCCGGGGACGAGGUUGUCCUUAUCGAGCCGUUCUUCGACCAGUACUUUGCGACCAUCGGUUUCCAGGGCGCCAAGCCCGUCUACGUGCCGCUUCACCCGCCCAAGGAGGGCGGCGGCAAGUCGAGCGGCGCGGACUGGACUCUCGACCUCGCCGAGCUCGAGGCGGCGUUCACUCCCAAGACGAAGGCGAUCAUCGUUAACACGCCCCACAACCCAGUUGGCAAGGUGUUCACCCAGGAAGAGCUUGAGGGGAUCGCCAAGAUCUGCAUCAAGCACAACGUCCUCGUGAUUGCGGACGAGGUCUAUGACUGCAUGAUCUACGACGGGAAGAAGCACUUCCACAUCGCCUCGCUCCCCGGCAUGUGGGAGCGCACGCUCUCCGUUUUCUCUGGCGGCAAGUCGUUCGCGGCCACUGGCUGGCGUGUCGGAUGGCUUGUCGGCCCCGAGGCACUCGUCUCGGCUACGCUCGCCGCUCAGUCCCGUAUCGUGUUCUGCACCAACGGCCCCAUGCAGGAGGCGAUCGCCAUUGCGCUUGAGGGUGCCGCCGAGCGCAAGUUCUUCGAGACCCAGGUUGCUGAGUACCAGGAGCGCCGCGACAUCCUGUGCUCGUACUUUGACCAGCUCGGCCUGCCGUACACGCUCCCAGAGGGAUCCUACUUUGUGCUCGUAGACAUGAGCAGGCUCAAGAUUCCCGUCGACUACCCCAUUCCAGAGACGUGCAAGGGCCGCGGCAAGGACUUUGCCAAGUGCUGGUGGAUGGCAAAUGAGAUCAAGGUCGUGUCCAUCCCUCCUUCCGGACCACGUCGCCAUCGGCGAGAACUUUGCUCGCUUCGCGUUCUGCAAGGACCCCGAGCUCCUCCAUGCUGCGGGCAAGCGCCUUCUCGAGCUCAAGCCCUACCUCCAGUAGACGCCGUCUCGGAGAUGGGCUGCCUUGGGAAUGUUGUACAAGAGUGGGGCUGUCAUUUGGCGGACUGUGACUACGAGAAGGACAUCUCGGCAUUAUUAUCAUGCAUGAUAUAGAAGAA